AUGCACACCAUCAGUCUUGGUUAUUUACCGACUAAGUUGCUAAUAAACGUUCGUUCCGAUAUGCCACCAAAGCCAUCAGCUAAGGGAGCCAAGAAGGCCGCCAAGUCGCAGAAGCCGAGAGUCGGCAAGAAGAGACGCAACAAGCGCAAGGAGUCCUACUCGGUCUACAUCUACCGUGUGUUGAAGCAAGUGCAUCCAGACACCGGAAUCUCGUCACGAGCCAUGUCCAUCAUGAACUCGUUCGUCAACGAUGUCUUCGAACGUAUCGCCGCCGAAGCAAGCCGUCUGGCCCACUACAACAAGCGCUCGACCAUCUCAUCUCGCGAAGUGCAGACGUCCGUCCGAUUGAUCCUCCCCGGAGAACUCGCCAAGCACGCUGUAUCGGAAGGCACCAAGGCCGUCACCAAGUACACCAGCUCCAAGUAA